AUGAGAGUAUGCGCGCAAGUGUGUGGGAGAAGAAAAAAGAAAGGUGAGACAGUCCACUGGAAGGCAAAUUUUUUUUUUGCGGCGCUCAAUGGCUGCCGUAAUCCUCAUCACCAGGCCCUUCUUCUUCUUCUUCAGCAGCGGCAGCAGCAAUAUUCGCUCUUCUUCUUUUUUUUUUUUUUGUUUCAUUCCAAAAACAAAACAGAAAUACCAAAAAAAAAAAGAAAAAAAAAAAAGAAAAAGGAGAUAGACGAAGAAAAGCAACGGAGUAGUGCUCACAUGCUUGUGGCGGCCAUUAGUCUCACACUGGGCAGCGGUGCCCUGGUCGGGGUGGCGCUGCCAAAUUACGCCCCGUUGAUUUUAUAG